AGGCUGUUCGUCUGGAGAGUCUAUUUAAUGCGGUAGGUAUAAUUUCAGACCUAAAUCUCUGGACAGCAAACCUUCUCUGGAAGGCAUUGUGGGAAAUGUUGAGUUAUUGAGAUUAUGUAAGAAAUGAACAAAGAGGCACAAAAAAAUUCAAACUCUUGUACUAUUUGCAACCCUUCACACUUUUCUUUUGAACAGUGAGCUUCGCUGGACCAGGCGGACUUCUUCUUCUCCUAUAAAGGUGACAGAAGACCACAUUUGUCAAGGGGUCUUCCUAAGCCCUGGGAGGAGAGGCCCCCACCAUCUCACUCCCUACCCAGCCCAGCCUCCUGCAGCCCUUGCCAUGCUCCAGGUUGUUCUGGGUGCUCCUCAGCGGUUGCUGAAGGAAGGAAGGCAGUCCCGCAAGCUGGUGCUAGUGGUGGUGUUCGUGGCUCUGCUCCUGGACAACAUGCUGCUCACUGUGGUGGUGCCCAUCGUGCCCACCUUCCUGUACGCGACAGAGUUCAAAGACAGCAACUCUUCUCUGCAUAGGGGUCCUUCUGUAAGCUCCCAGCAAGCUCUCACCUCUCCUGCCUUCUCUACCAUAUUCUCCUUCUUUGACAACACCACCACGACUGUAGAAGAGCAUGUACCCUUCCGUGUAACGUGGACAAAUGGCACCAUCCCUCCUCCAGUCACUGAAGCCGGCUCGGUACCUAAAAACAACUGCUUGCAAGGGAUAGAGUUCUUAGAAGAAGAAAACGUUCGGAUUGGGAUUCUAUUUGCUUCAAAAGCUUUGAUGCAACUUCUGGUCAACCCAUUUGUAGGACCUCUUACUAACAGGAUUGGCUAUCACAUCCCCAUGUUUGUUGGCUUUAUGAUCAUGUUUCUCUCCACACUAAUGUUUGCUUUCUCUGGCACCUAUGCCCUGCUAUUUGUGGCCCGAACUCUCCAAGGCAUUGGAUCUUCGUUUUCAUCUGUUGCAGGACUUGGGAUGCUGGCCAGUGUCUAUACUGACAACUAUGAGAGAGGGAGAGCCAUGGGAAUUGCUUUGGGGGGCCUGGCUUUGGGACUUCUGGUGGGAGCACCUUUCGGAAGUGUGAUGUAUGAAUUUGUGGGCAAGUCCUCACCAUUCCUCAUCUUGGCCUUCUUGGCACUUCUGGAUGGAGCUCUCCAACUUUGCAUCCUAUGGCCUUCGAAAGUGUCUCCUGAGAGUGCCAUGGGGACCCCGCUUUUGACGCUUCUCAAAGACCCUUACAUCCUGGUAGCAGCAGGUUCCAUCUGCUUGGCCAACAUGGGAGUCGCCAUACUAGAGCCCACGCUGCCCAUCUGGAUGAUGCAGACCAUGUGCUCCCCCGAGUGGCAGCUAGGUCUGGCUUUCUUGCCUGCUAGUGUGGCCUACCUCAUUGGCACGAACCUCUUUGGAGUGUUGGCUAACAAGAUGGGUCGGUGGCUGUGCUCCCUUGUUGGGAUGGUGGCAGUAGGUAUCAGCUUGCUCUGUGUACCUCUGGCUCACAAUAUUUUUGGUCUUAUUGGCCCCAAUGCAGGCCUUGGCUUUGCCAUAGGAAUGGUGGAUUCCUCUCUGAUGCCCAUCAUGGGAUACCUGGUGGACUUACGCCACACCUCUGUGUAUGGGAGCGUCUAUGCCAUCGCCGAUGUGGCCUUUUGUGUGGGCUUUGCUAUUGGCCCAUCCACUGGGGGUGUUAUCGUACGGGUCAUUGGCUUUCCUUGGGUCAUGGUCAUCAUUGGUACCAUCAACAUCGUUUAUGCUCCUCUCUGCUGCUUCCUGCAGAACCCGCCAGCUAAGGAGGAGAAGCGUGCAAUUCUGAGCCAGGAAUGCCCCACAGAGACCCAGAUGUACACAGUCCAGAAGCCCACAAAGGAGUUUCCACUAGGAGAGAACAGCGAUGAUCCUAGCAGCGGGGAGUAACUGCGGAGGGCGAUAUCUGCGCCUCACGUCUACGGGGACCAGUCCACUACAGAUUCAAUAAUUUUCACUUGCCUCUCCUCUGGGCCACUCCCUUCCUCCCUUCUCAUUGAUAGCUUUCCUUUACUCACCUGUAAGCGCAGCCCACCACUCUCCCUCUGUGCUUUGACCCCACCCAUGGCCCACUUUUUGUGGGAGGACAGUGCUAUUUCCUGCCAGGCCAAAGCGAAGCUGAUUAAAGCUGAGUUGUGACAAGUUCUGCAAGGGGUGACUCACUUCCUGCAGGCAGGACUGAACAAUGUGCCUGCGAAAUCAGGGGGACAAAUGACAAGCCUGCCUUUCUUCUCUGAUUUUUUUUUUUUUUGACAUAUUACCAAUAUGUCCUAAAAUUUGACCUGUGUCCUGUGAAAUGCUUUCCCCUUAUUUUUUCCAGUCUAGCUUCCAUACAUAGGGGUUUUUGCUUAUUUUAUGUGCUAAAAUCGUUUAACUUCAUUAAGUGAGGCCUUCCUACUUUCUUCAUCACCCAAUUGAAAGGAAAUAAACAUCUUUCUUAGGUUUGAGUUAUGUCUGUUCUUAUGAAUUCUCCUGAAUGUUUCUAUCU